UCGAGACUCGAUGCAAUCAGAGAUUUUUGAUCAUAGCUACUUAUUUGUAGCAAGAUUCAGUUCUUGGCCUUUCGUGUCAAAAUCAUGUAUGAUAUUUUGCGGGGGAUAAAUUGCAAACUUCGUAGUCGUUAAAUGAUGCAAAAUAUAGUUUAUUGUGUAUAUUUUAAGGAAAUGUAUUUUUAAGGGGAAAACUUCCGGCAUGUGAUUAAAACUUUUUAUGUCGCGGAACCGGUUGCUAAGUUUACUAAAGUUCCUCAGAGGGGACCCCCAAAAUGGCGACAGCUCGGGAACAUGUGGAUCCUUUGGACGCUGCUUUCGACGACAUCUUCCUUGCCGAAGAGAAGUUCACAAACCAAGGCUACCAGGAGGGAUUCGAGCUUGGGAAGAAAGCAGGGAUAGAGGAAGGACGCGUCAUGGGGAUCAGCCAGGGCAGAUCUGUGGGAUCAGAAGUUGGGUUCUAUCACGGAUUUGCUUGCUCAUGGAAAGUUAUUUUGGAAAGCGACUCUUCCAAAGGACCUCGAGCACUGAAGGCUGUAGACGCACUCUUGGAGCUGAUCUGGAGAAUACCCAUCCGGAACAAUGAGUAUCCUACUCUUACAGAAGACAUGGACAGGAUAAGGGCCAAGUUUAGACAAUUGUGUUCACUGCUCGGAGUGUCUGCUGACUUUGGUAACACUAAAACGUCACUUUCGUUUUAGAAAUGCGGAACCAAAGAUGUGCUUUCUCAAGAACUGCGUCAUACAAAAUCACAAAUGCAAGACAGUGGGACAGAAAACUCAGAUGAUCAAGAAAUUUUGAUUAUUUGAAGUUUGCUGUCAGCGCUUCUCAAUUGCAUAAUGUGCAAGUAUUUUUAGUUUUACAGCUAUCAUCUUACGAAAGAGAUUUGUAUGUGACAUCUGUCUGCCAAACUGUGCCUUUAUGAUGGGGAUCUGUUACUAUGAUAGCAACGGAUCGGAUUGAGCAAGACUGACGUUGUCGUCUUCUACAUGGAUAACCUGCUGCAACCUUGUCCUCAGAUGACCUCAGAUGACACUACAACUUACAAGUCCUUCUACACAACAACCCUGUCACAGUUUGUGAUACUAGUAACUGUGUAAGAGUAUACGGAAAGCCAAGCGGAUUUUAUGUAAUUUUUAUAUGACUUUUUCUCGCCACCAUGUUACGCAUACC